AUGCCUUUGGAGGUGGUGGUGAAACUGCAGAUCCAGGCGAUUUCUUGCCCAGGGGUGUGCCUUCCUGGCAAGCAAGAUGUGUUACUUGGGGUUUACCUCCUGAAUCAGUACCUGGAGACACACUGCUUUCCUUCCGUGUUCCCUAUUAUGAUUCAGCGGAGCAUGAGGUUUGAAAAGGGCAUUGCUCCCAAAAUAGAGUUUUCUACGAGGACAGCCAUCAGAGAACAUGUGUUUCUGCAUAGAAACAGAUUUCUUGAAGAAAGAUGUAAGUCACGAAGGCCUUUAUCCACAUCAAAUGGACCAAAAUUCCCCUUAAGUAGUAUAAAGAUGAAACCAAGGGAGAGUAAUCUCGACAGACUGCCCCAAGGCAUGCAGUCCCGGCCGCCCUCUCCAUAUUUCACCAGGCAUUUCUUUCAGGACCAGCUAGCUCAACUGAAUCUUGGAGAUAGUUUCAAAAUACCUGGAGAAAGCAAACCUCCAUUUGUAGUAAGACAUGUGGACAGUGCAAAGCCCUUUGGUGAGAACAGUUCAGAGCAUCAUUCCCAGAAGUCUAGAAGAAAAUCUGACUUUUCAAACUUUCCAUUUCCAGUGAGAAGAGCUUCUUCUCUUGACAGCCUUGCAGCUAAUGUAAAGGUUAUCAAAGAGCCAGAUGAACGGAUUGUUUUAAGGAAUGAAUCACCAUUAUCGUUAGAUUCAAGUAAGUUUGGAAAGCCCUUGGCCAGGUACAGUCAUCAAGCGGAAGCCGAUUUCCACUGGGGAACUUCAUUUGCCACCUCCCAACACUCCAGAACUCCCAGCCCUCUUCUGGAUCAGCCCCUUCUCCGAGAAAGGUUCCACCCUGGGUCCCAGUCCAUGUGGAAGAAGAUCCACGAAAGGGUCUGCAGUCGUCUGACGUCCCACAGAUCUCAGCAACACCUAAGCAAGGAAGACUCCAUCUCUGAAGUAAAGAAUAUCCUUGAAAGACCAAGCUACCCUUUGAAGAAAUAUCCGGUGCACAAACAGAGAUAUUUUUAA